AUGAGGUCUUCGUCGUGCCGUUGGAUUGUAUGCACCCCCACGUCAGUGAGAAGAAGCAGCGGGAGAGCAGCUGUGCGUGAGGUCGAGAGGGUGUUGAUUAAUAGGAUAUCGUCCUCCAUGGGCGGCCUCUGGAAUCCAGCACAGGAUGUUCGCAUCCCCAUAAUCAGUGCUGUAGACGGCGAUGCAUGCUGGGUUGUUUCUCUGAGGAUAAAUAAUUUGCCAUCUCUCACCCAAUGUGUCCUGUAUCCCAUAGUAUCUGAGCUGCAGGAGGAGGGGAUGAACGCCAUUAAUCUCCCCCUGAGUCCCACACCUUUUGAGCUUCAUCCUGAGGACAUCAUGCUAGAGGAAAAUGAAGUCCGCACCAUGGUGGACCCCAACUCAAAAAAUGACCGAAAACUCCAGGAACUCAUGAAGGUGCUCAUUGACUGGAUCAACGAUGUUCUGGUUGGAGAAAGGAUCAUCGUGAAGGACCUGGCUGAAGAUCUCUAUGAUGGGCAGGUUCUCCAGAAGCUCUUUGAAAAGCUUGAAGGUGAGAAGCUGAAUGUUGCAGAGGUGACCCAAUCGGAGAUUGCCCAGAAACAAAAGCUGCAGACGGUCCUGGAGAGGAUCAAUGAUGCUCUGAAGGUCUCCACCAGGAGCAUCAAGUGGAACGUCGACUCGGUUCAUGCUAAGAGCAUUGUGGCCAUCCUUCACCUGUUGGUGGCGCUCUCACAGCACUUCAGAGCCCCCAUUCGCCUCCCUGACCAUGUGUCCAUUCAGGUGGUUGUGGUCCAGAAACGAGAGGGCAUUCUUCAGUCUCGUCAGGUUAUGGAGAAGAUCACUGGCAACACAGAGGCAUUAUCUGGCAGACAUGAGCGUGAUGCGUUUGACACCUUGUUUGAUCAUGCUCCUGACAAGCUGAAUGUGGUGAAGAAGACUCUAAUCACCUUCGUCAACAAACACCUGAAUAAACUGAACUUGGAAGUAGCUGAACUGGACACACAGUUUGCAGAUGGUGUGUAUCUGGUCCUGCUGAUGGGACUUCUGGAAGGAUACUUUGUCCCCCUUUACAACUUCUUCCUGACGCCUGAGAAUUUUGACCAAAAGGUUCAUAAUGUGUCUUUCUCCUUUGAGCUGAUGCAGGACGGUGGCUUGGAGAGGCCCAAACCCAGGCCUGAGGAUAUUGUGAAUUGUGACCUAAAAUCGACACUCCGAGUCCUUUACAAUCUUUUCACCAGGUACAGACAUGUGGAAUGAGCUAAAACGGGAAAUAUGUCUAUGGACCGCUAUUUCGAGUUUUAAUGAGGCUGACAGACAAAGCAUGCUGUUAAUUGUUGUGGAGUAUUGUACAAUGCCCUUAUAUGACUAAUAAUUGUGUCUUAAGUCUUUUUUCUUGUCAUCUAGAUG